CUUCUUUCUUUCUUUCUUUUUUUUUUCUUCUUUUUCCUCUCAAAUUUUUCCUCCCCGUGACCUCCAUCCAUGGCACUUGUUUUGAGCGUCACGUCACUUGACCCAUGAGUCAGAUCGACAAUUCGAUGGUCUCAUCGCCGAAUCAGGACCGGUUAUUGGCUCACACCGCCGUUGGUCACGACGAGCUUCCUCUUGGGGAUUCUCAUUACGUCUUCAAAAAGACUGCAGGCUGCAAGGCCAACAGCCACUGGCCUAGGCAUGAAUAAUGGGAAUUCGAAUAUGCCUCAUAAUCCCCUUCUCCUUUAUUCCAUUUACGAGUUUGCAUUCCACUUCUUCCACUUGUUCCACAAAUACCCCGCAUAAAAGGUAAAAGGGGGUUCAAUGCGUUUCCACCUCUUGUUCCCCAGAUAUUUAACUGCCAAUGCCCCCGUGGUACUGGUGGAUGGAUGAGAACAGGCAAACACAGACGUGUAAUCCCGCAACCAUGCAAGCACCGCAAGAGAUUUACGAUCUGAUCGUGUCCUUUGUGGAUGACGUCGAUAGCCGGCCGUGGGCCGCUUCGACACGACAACACAAGAUUCAAUCCGACGAGCUUCGACAUCAACUCGCGACGUUACGCCUGGUCAACCGCGCCUUCUGUCGCAGCGCCUCACCGCGACUGUUUCGACACCUUCGCGUCGUCGCCAAAUCCGCCCAGUCCAAGACCUCGGAAUCGCCGCUUGUAGGCCUCGUAGAGCUCUCGCACGGCCCCUAUGCCGACUACGUGCGCCAACUAGACAUCGGGCUCGAGGACACCGAACACUCGGAAGAGUUCUGCUCGAUGUUCCUGGAAGAUUUGGCAGGGGUGCUGCCCUCCUGCCUGUGCCGGCUGCCCAAACUCAAGGCGCUUGAUUUCCAGGGGGUCCCGGGCUCGUUACCCGAGGCUACCACCCGAGACUUUGUCAACACCGUCAUCAGCAGCCUCCGCUACGUGCCACUGCCGAACUUAACCGAGCUGGACAUUGCCUUCCCCAUCACCCACGAUUUCGCCCAAUUCUUCCCCCACAAGACCCUCAGCUCCAGCGCCCUGCGCAUCUCCACCGAACACGUCCUGCAGCGCCUGCACCACCUGGGCCUCCGCAUCACCGCAUCCCCCACCGAGCACCCGCAGCCACAGCCACAGCAACAUGAAUCCCCCUCUCCGCCGCCCGCCGCGACCGUACACACCCCCGGCUUGUCGAAUCAGGCCCACGCCCACUGGCUCUACAAGAUGAUCCGUCACGCCAGCAAUCUGAAGUCGCUCGCCAUCGCCAGCGCAGACACCCUGGAUCUGGACGGGGCUGCUUUCAGCCGCUCCCUCCGCCUGGAAUCCAUCCAGCUGCGCCGGGUGUCCAUCUCGUCCUACAAGCUGCUGUCGCUGGUCGAACAAUGCAAGGACUCCAUCCGACACAUCGAGCUCUACCAGGUCAAGCUGAACUCGGGCGAGUGGCAACAUGUGCUGUCGCGCAUGACGCAUCUGCCCGGGCUGGUGAGCUUCGUGAUCAAGUCGUGCGGAUACUCGUCGACGGGCGCGGGGGCCACCUACUACAACCCGCAUGGCUCGUCGGGGGCGGUGAUGAAGACGACGAACUCGACAGAGAUCCUGGCGCUGGGCGCCUUGCACCGUCGGGUCCACGAGAACCGGGUGAACUGCGGGCUGGCCCCGUUCCGCGAGACGGAAUUCCGCCGGCGAGUGAAGAGUAUUUGAGGUUUUCACUGUAUGUUUUGAUAACAUCACAUUAGCAUCAGCAUCUGUGGCAUAGUUUGUGCAUCUGCAUUAAUGGGUAAGGUUAUGACAAAAAGAAUGAUUAGCACAGAUAAAAUAGUCGAGAUAAUUGAAAUGUGACUGGAUUUACG